ACUUUUGCCUUUCGUUAUAUCUGCUCGAGAGUAUUUGCGGGAGCACAGGAACCGCGCUCUCCUCGUAGCUUGCUGAGAUCAUGCCGAAGUUUUAUUGUGACUACUGUGAUACUUACCUUACACACGAUUCGCCCUCAGUGAGGAAGACGCACUGCAGUGGCCGAAAACACAAAGAAAAUGUGAAAGACUACUACCAGAAAUGGAUGGAAGAGCAAGCCCAGAGCUUGAUUGAUAAAACAACGGCUGCAUUUCAGCAGGGAAAGAUUCCUCCCACACCGUUCCCUGGUGGUCCUCCCCCAGGACCUCCACGCCCAGGCAUGCUACCAACGCCGCCGAUGGGAGGCCCUCCUAUGAUGCCCAUGAUGGGGCCUCCACCCCAUGGGAUGAUGCCUGGUGGGCCUGGAGGCAUGAGGCCACCCAUGGGGGGACCCAUGCAGAUGAUGCCGGGGCCCCCACAUAUGAUGCGUCAUCCUCGUCCCAUGAUGAUGCCCGUCAGGCCCGGCAUGGCGCGGCCAGACAGAUAAGGCCAAGCGGACGUCUUGCUCUCGUUUUUAUCAUGAACAGAUAUUGUCCAGGGAAGAUCCUUCAAUUUUUUUCAUUGCAAGUUUUCCAUCUGAUCCAGCUGGGACAUAAACUUUACCUUUUAGUCGUCAUUUUUGUUUUAAUGAUGAUAUUUAUUGAUACUCAGUCGAUUUGAGUCAAUCUGAGAACUUUUUUUUUUACAUUUUUGGUUCCAGAAUGAUCUCUCCCUCCGUAGGCGAACUGUUCAGUGUGAAUGCGAGUGAGACUUGUUGUUAGUUCCUUUUUUUUUCUUUUUUUUUUCC